GUCAACCUCAACUCUUCGCGCCUGACCCUCUCCACCUUUACAACACUACCAUAGCGAUCACUCACGAUCAGCAUGGCCUCCUCAUCAGCGGCAUCCAUGGAUCUCCCUCCAUCAGCUCAGCAAUGUCUUUUCGCGCGGGCGGUCAUCCACACGCUCCAGCUCUGGCCCUCGAUGCGCAUGGCGAUAGACGAGCACUGGGGAGGACCAGAAUCAAAGGAGAAGUGCGAUUUCCUUGUAUCGCACAUCUGUGAUACCUACGGAGGACAGCCCGGUGCUUCGACGCUUGGAGUAUUCGAGCCCAACACUGCAGGCCCUUCUGGCUCUAACAACGCAAUCGCACGACCUGCCGCCCCACCCACACCAGAGGAAGACGAGCUCGCAGACGUCUUGGAGCAAUACGUCGCAGACGAGUACGAGGCGCACGUAGAGGACGGGUCAUGCGACUACAUUGCCGGACGUAUCUGCUCGCUUCAUCGUGUAAUCUUCGCUUCGCCCUCCUCCUCAGAAGCGGGGCAAGACCCUAUCGCCCAGGAGGCAGCAGCACAACAGGUCCUGGCGGCGGCUCAAGCGGCAUUGGCGCCACUGGAUGAGGCGGCCGAGAAGUUGAGGAAUAAGAGGUUGCAGAGCCAGAGGGACAGGGCGGGGUGGCAGGGAGAGAUCGGCGAGGGGGAGAGUAGUGAAGACGACAGUGACGAUGAUAUGGAAGUGGAUGGACCCGCUGAGGGGUCGGGGCAGGCCAGGCAGCCCAAGGAGAAGCAAGAGCCCAUCGUUGAUGAGGAUGGGUUUACCACCGUGGUCGGGAAGAAGAAGAGGUGAAAUGCACGCAAGAAAUCAUCGCAAAUGGAAUCCGUGGCGCACGGCGUGC